GUAAACUGUAAUGCGCUUUCUUCUGACUGUGGAGCGAAGUCUCGAAGAUGAUUUAUUUUUACCCGUUGGAACUCGCUUUAACUGGGCUACCUAUCAUUUUUUGGGAUAAAGAUGGAAUUAUUGAAAAGAUUCCGCAGCAGAUUUCCCAUGUGUCGCCCCAUUCUCGGAGGUGGCGUUGUUCCCCUUCCCCCGCCGUGAGAAUUCCUUAUUCCGUGGACCACGCAAUUCCAACCAAGGACGAGAGUAGUUGAAGGAAGAACUGACUGGUCGGCCGUUGGAAAAUGCGUCUUAAGAGCGCCUCCACAACGACGCCCACAUCGAGAGGAAAGGACUGGACGUCCUUCCCGGCCAAGAACACCGGGAGCGCGUCCAAGACCUUGGCCCGUUUCCCCGAGCGUCGGUCGUCCCCGCGGACGACCAGCAGCGCGUUGAAGAACUGGCAGAACGCCGGAAGUAGCGCGCGCCGGCACUCCGCUAACAAUCAGCGGAAGAGCGGACUCGGGAUGACGGCCCGGACGCCCUCGAGUUCUGGCGGAUACCGGGCUGCGUGCAGCGCUGGCUUGACCAGUCCGACACACAGCCGGCUGCAUCACGCGCAGGAUCGCCGGGAUGACGGGACCCGGGACCCGCUGGAUGACGGUGCCCUGCAAUUCGAUGAGAGUAGUGGCUCAACUGGACGGAAAGACCAUCCGCAGAUGAUCGAUGCGCUGCCUCGCUGGAUUUGUGCGCUGAUCCGGUGCUGCAAAAAACUCUGCGGCUGGCGUUGUGCCUGUUUUCUGCGGGAUCACCUUGGAGAGGACACCGACCAGCCCGCUCCAUCUGCUCCGCAUGCUCCACACCUCCCAGAGGCUGAGUCCCAGCCCUGCGGGGCCGACCCGUCAUCCUGGGGACCUGGACGCGAUGCAUGCCGCGAUAUUCCUCGGUUUUGCUCCGCUCAUCUAGCGCUGCCGCUGCUUCCUUCGGCACGAGUGGAAGGCGGGGCGAUGAACGGCAAGGCCAUAUGGUGUUGCGGCAGGGUUAUCGUUUAUCUGCUGGCCGCCGCUGCGAUGUCUCCGGGCUUUAAAACAGGCACUGUUUGCCUUUCACCGACAUGCCUUUGGUGGUUGAUGCUUCUUCUUCUGCCGCAGCUUCAUUUGUCCGCCGGAUGCCCUCCUCAGCAGGCAACGCCAACCAACUUGGAGGAAAUGCUGGCGGAGGCCAUGCUGCACAGCCGACAGGACGACCGCAUCGUACUGACUAAGCUGGUGCCGAGCGACUACGUGACGGACAGCGUCAUCUACCGACCGCGCUUGGGGGAGGACGCGACGUUCAAUUGCAUCGUUCCCGCUGACGUCGACUGGCGCGAGGUGGCCUGGCUGCACGAGGGGUGGCCCGUCUUCGAAGGAGGAGAGCCGCAGCCGUUGCCAGCGAGGGUCUCCACGGGACAGACCUACAACUUCACUCGCCUUAACGACACCUUGAUCCUCAUCGUCCGCAACGUCACCAUGGGUUCCGGGGGCUCCGUGCAGUGCGUCAUCGAUCCCGUCAAUGACCUCGCCUUCCUCGCCCACCGCCGUGCUCUGGCACGGUACGUGCUGCUGCCGCUGAUCACGCGCCGCAGCGAGGUCUUCGCGGCCCCCGCGGAGACCAACGUCACCGCCACCGAGGGAGAGGCCGUCACGGUGCAGUGGAGCAUCCGGCUGCCCCUCCCGCAGAGCGUUCUGCAGAAUCUGCCCAACCACCUGAUGUGGCUGCAUCAGGGCCGCAUCCUCCGCGGUCCCUGGGAAGCGCCUUACGGUUUGCCGCUGCCUGCCGGGGCGGGACCGCGUGCCGUCGAGGCGUACUACAUCCGGUCUAUCAGCGACCCCGGACGGCUGAUGCACGUGCGAUUGCUCUUCCGCAGCGUGAAAAUGACCGAUGGCGGAUCGGUCCAGUGCUGGUUCCGGCCGCACGAGGGCGUGCAUGAGUGGAUCGUGGACACGAAGACGCUGCUGGUUAUUCCCAGUAACAGCACGUGAAACCCGCAUGCAGUUAAUGGGAUCGAUUACUUGUUGUUGUCGAUAGCUCUGUUCAGCGGAUCAAGUGCAUCUCUUCUCUAUAUAUUAAUAGAAUAAGCCUUACGAAAAUUCCCUUUUGUGAACGAUAGGCUUUCCUGUCUGCAUAUUGUUCGAUAGCUCUAAGAAUGAAGAUUUGUCAUCACAAACCAGUUUGCAAAGAAAAAGAUACGUUUAAAAGAAAACUUUUAAAAAUCGUCAACAUAAAAAGUCUAUGGGAAAAGCUAAGAAUCCACCACUGCUAAACCGACCACUCCACCACUGGCUCCAACACGCCUUU